UUCUCGGUUGAAUUUUUUGUGCUGUUAUCUGUUGAGCAUUAAAAACAUUGCUUCAAUUCUAAAGAUUUCAAGUCAUUCAACGAGCGUAGUAGAGAAGUACUCUCACUAAAGAGCAGAAUAGAGCAGCUGCAAUUGGAAAAAGAGCGUAGUCAUGUUGAAAGUGUCAUGUAUAGUAAGAAUGAUAAUGGUGGCGAUGAUGAUGAUGACAGUUACAAGAGCAGAUUCAAUAAACUAUGGAGAAGCAUUACGAAAGAGCAUUUUAUUCUUCGAAGGUCAGAGAUCUGGCAAGUUGCCACCUUCCCAACGCAUGAAAUGGCGUAAAGAUUCGGCACUUUUUGAUGGCUCGGAUAUUCACAUAGACAUGGUGGGUGGAUAUUAUGAUGCUGGUGACAAUGUGAAAUUUCAUUUUCCAAUGGCAUUCACAACGACUGUGCUAGCCUGGAGUGUGGUAGAAUUUGGAGAUUUGAUGGGUUCGGAGCGGGAGCAUGCGUUGGAUGCAAUCAAGUGGGGAACUGAUUAUUUCAUGAAGGCCACAAAAAUUCCUGAUUUGGUUGUGGCACAAGUGGGCAAUCCAUAUGGCGACCAUGACUGUUGGGAGAGACCAGAAGACAUGGACACUCCUCGAACCUCGUACUAUAUCACUAAAGAGAAACCAGGUUCAGAACUCGCUGCUGAGAUUGCGGCUGCACUUGCAGCAUCUUCAAUCGCAUUUAGGACAACCGAUGCUUCCUAUUCCAACAUUCUUCUCAAGAGAGCUAUCAGGGUGUUUGAUUUUGCAAACAAAUAUCGUGGUUCUUAUAACAAUAGCGUCGGCGAAGCAGUAUGCCCCUUCUAUUGUGAUUUUAACGGCUACAUGGAUGAAUUGGUUUGGGGAGCAGCAUGGUUGUAUAAAGCCACGAAAAGAGCUCGUUAUUGGGAUUUUGUAAAAUCAAACAUGCAAGCGGCAAACGUUAGUCCUUUCGAAUUUGGAUGGGAUGGCAAAGCGGCUGGCAUAAAUGUGCUUGUUUCCGAGUGGGUGAUGAAUGAUUCGAGCAGUGCAAACCUUUUCAUUCCUAAUGCAGAUGCACUCAUGUGUGGUUUGGUGGGUUCACCUACCAAAUCAUUCUACUACACUAAAGGUGGUCUUCUAUUCAGAGAGGGAGCAUGUAAUCUACAAAACGUAACGGCUCUGUCAUUUCUCUUAAUUGUUUAUGCGCGCUUCAUGGAAGGUGUGAAGAAAACACUAAGUUGUGGGAAAGAAGUUGUGGAUUCAAAAUGGUUGAUAAAUAUCGCAAAAAGUCAAGCUGAUUACAUAUUGGGAAAGAAUCCAUUAGGAAUGUCAUACAUGGUGGGUUAUGGAAGCAAAUAUCCUCAGAGAAUUCACCAUCGUGGUUCGGUGUUGCCCUCUUUGGAUGCACACCCACAACACUUUGGGUGUAGAGAUGGAGUUGCAUACUUCAAAACAGAAAAACCCAAUCCUAACGUCCUAAUAGGAGCCCUUGUUGGAGGUCCAGCCUACGAUGAUUCCUUUCAGGAUUCCCGUUACAAUCCAGGCCAAUCAGAACCAACCACCUACCUCAACGCUCCUUUUGUUGGUGUUUUGGCUUACUUAAAUAAACCAAAUAUCAUUUAGUUUUUGCAAAACAUUACGUCAACAACUAUCUAUAAUAAGCAACAACUGUUUGACAAGUGUACCCAAUCGUUGCAAGUAGUAAAAUGAAGUCUAAGUAUUGUUUUUCCAAA